CUGCAACAGCCAAGUGCAAGUGAUCGAGCUCCCCCCUCCUCAUCAGUCGCUAGGCACAGCGCACUUGCAGGAUGGCGCAGGUCUCUAAGACGCUUCUCCUUGUGGCCCUGGUGUUCGUGUCGUCGGCGGCGGUGGAGCUGUGCCGCGCGAUCGACUUCGACGAGCGGGACCUGGCGUCGGACGAGGCGCUGUGGGACCUGUACGAGCGGUGGCAGACGCACCACCGGGUGCACCGGCACCACGGCGAGAAGGGCCGGCGGUUCGGGACGUUCAAGGAGAACGUGCGCUUCAUCCACGCGCACAACAAGCGCGGCGACCGGCCCUACCGCCUCCGCCUGAACCGGUUCGGCGACAUGGGGCGGGAGGAGUUCCGGUCCACGUUCGCCGACUCCCGCAUCAACGACCUCCGGCGGCAGGAUUCCCCCGCGGCGCGGGCCGGGGCCGUGCCGGGGUUCAUGUACGACUCCGCCGCCGACCCGCCGCGGUCCGUGGACUGGCGGCAGGAGGGCGCGGUGACGGGCGUGAAGGACCAGGGCCACUGCGGAAGCUGCUGGGCCUUCUCGACGGUGGUGGCCGUGGAGGGCAUCAACGCCAUCCGGACGGGCAGCCUGGCGUCGCUGUCGGAGCAGGAGCUGAUCGACUGCGACACGGACGAGAACGGGUGCCAGGGCGGGCUGAUGGAGAACGCCUUCGAGUUCAUCAAGUCCUUCGGCGGCAUCACCACCGAGGCCGCGUACCCGUACCGCGCGUCCAACGGCACCUGCGACGGCGAUCGGGCCCGGCGCGGGGGAGGCGUCGUCGUGGUGAUCGACGGCCACCAGAUGGUGCCGGCCGGCAGCGAGGACGCGCUGGCCAAGGCGGUGGCGCACCAGCCGGUGUCCGUGGCCGUCGACGCGGGGGGCCAGGCGUUCCAGUUCUACUCGGAGGGCGUGUUCACGGGCGACUGCGGUACGGACCUGGACCACGGCGUGGCGGCGGUCGGCUACGGCGUCGGCGACGACGGCACGCCCUACUGGAUCGUCAAGAACUCCUGGGGCACCUCCUGGGGCGAGGGUGGCUACAUCCGGAUGCAGCGCGGCGCCGGCAACGGCGGCCUCUGCGGCAUCGCCAUGGAGGCGUCCUUCCCCAUCAAGACCUCGCCCAACCCUGCAGACCCGCCGCGCAAGCCCCGCCGCGCGCUCAUCGCCAGGGACACCUCUUCUUCCCAGUGACACACACGACCACAACUGGCACGUAAGUACACGUUGCCAGGAAUGACAUGCUAUGCUACUAGUGUUUGCUUGAACUAUUAUCGAUUGGGUUUGUACUAGUGAUGACAGUUUCAUCGAUUGCGCGGUCGAUCUCCAUCAGAGACAGAGACGAUAUAAUCAGAAUAAAGUAUAGCAGCGCGUGUGCGCAACAGGGUAAGAUUAGGCGUGUGAUUUGAUUUCAAAGCUGUGCUUGUAACGUAAUGUAAUACGGUGUGGCAUAUGCACCGGGAUAUGGUAUGUGUAUUGGGAAGACGCUAUGCGUAGC